AUGGAGAGCAAAUGGAGUGGUUGGGUGCUGAUCCUUUCUUUGUGCCUGGGCUCCUACCAAGCCACGGCCAUCCCCCUCCACGAAUGCGGCGAGCGGCUGGAGGACUGGUGUCGCGACGUGGCAACGGCGGCCAAGUGCGGGGCACUUCAGCUGUGCCGGGUCACCGUCUGGGACCAGGCUCUGGGGGUAACUGGGGUCCCGUGUCAUUUGUGCCAGGUAGCAGUCUCUGUAGUGGGCAAGAUCCUGCAGGACAACCGCACUGAGGAAAAGCUGCGGCUCUUCUUGGAUAAGAGGUGCCAGUACCUGCCCUUCCAGGACUGGUCUGUCAAGUGCAAGAAGAUGGUAGAUACCGGCAUCCUCAUCCUCACCCAACUGGGCAAGCAAGUGCUGUCAGAUCCGAAGGUGGUGUGUGGGACCAUCAAGCUGUGCCAACCUGAGGACAGCCCUAUGGGGGGUGCCCUGAAGUUCCAGAAGCCACCACCGGCCCCUGCUCAGGACUUUGUUGACCUGUUCAGCCCCUUCAUUGCCAAUGUGCCCCUCCUGCUCCAUCCUCAGGACCUGCCUCAUGGCCAAGCUCAGGAGAUGGAAGAGGUGUGUGGGGACUGCCUGCAGCUGGUGGCAGCCCUGCAGCUGGGCCUGGGGACCAAAUCUACCUUUUCCAGGGGGCUGGUGGCCCACACUGAGUGGGUGUGCAAGGGCCUGGCCCCCCACCUGGCACAGCGGUGCAAACACUACCUGGCUGAGUAUGCAGACACGGCCACCCAGCUGCUGCAGUACAUGCAGGCUGAGGACCCAAUGGAGCUGUGUGGGCAGCUGGGACUCUGCUCCUCCACCUCAGCACUGCCCCUCCACACGCUGAUCACUGAGAAGAUGAUGCAAGUCUUGACCACUCUGGGGGACUGGGAGGGAACCACACCACUGUGUGAGGUGUGCCAGUUUGCUGUGAAGGCAGCCGAGAGCCUCCUGGAGAACAAUGUGACAGAGGAGCAAUUGGUGAAUGACAUUGAGAAGGUGUGCUACAUGCUGCCCCAUGGCGUCAUCGGGCAGUGCAAAGAUUUUGUGGAUUCCUAUGGCAAAGCUGUGGUCAUCAUGCUGCUGGAGGCCACCGACCCAGCCGCCGUCUGCACCAUGCUGCGCUGCUGCCCCCGGCAUGGCGAACCCCGCUCAGGGGCUUCAUCACUGGAUCAGCUGGCGGUGGGUGCAGGGGCCUUCUGUAAUGUCUGCCAGAUCGUCAUCACCUACUUUGAUAACGAGCUGCUGAAGAAUGAGACGCUGGCAGAGUUGGGUGAUGUGCUGGAGAAGGGCUGUGAGUUGCUGCCCACCCCACUCACAGACAAGUGCGAGGCACUGGUGCUGCAGUAUGAGCCGGCAGCUGUGCGGCUCUUUGUGCAGAUGAUGGACCCCAACUUUGUCUGCACAAAAAUAAAAGCCUGUGAAACACCCAAGGAGGAUCUGCUGGGCACGGACCCCUGUGCCUGGGGCCCAAAGUACUGGUGCAAGAACAUGGCUACUGCCGUUGAGUGCCACGCUGUUGAGCACUGUCGACGUCACAUAUGGAAUUAGGAACUAUGUCCUUGCCCAGCCGGGGCUUGCUCUGCUGUUUUGGGUCAGGAUCCCGGACUCCCUUCCCUUGGGAUGCACCUGUGCUGGUGGAUGGCAAUGGCAUGAGCCCACUGGCCUCACCACCCUGUGGGGCUGUGGGGUGCCACAGUUUCCUCCGCCUCCUUUUUCACCCCUGGGGCUUGGAUUUUCAAAUCAGGUUAAGGGACUCAUUAGUAUUUUCAGGAUGGGGGGGAGUUCAGCUUUGACUUCUCUCAGGUCAACUACAAAAUUCUGCCAUCCCUCUUCAUGCCCAUCUUCACCCUCUCAUCCCCAUCCUACCCUGAACUUCUCAGAAAGUCCAGUACCUGCAACACAGAACCAUCAUGGGCUGGGAGGGCUUCUGCUGCCCAGAUGCUGACCCCUAGCUCCCAACACUGUCACACUGCAGGUUUUGGGACAACCAUCCUUUGCUGGUUUUGUUCCCUUUUCUCUCUCAAUUGCGGUGAUUUUUUUUACCUUAUUUUAUUUUAAUU